AUGGAAGAAUUCUUUGAGGAAGAAUUUUAUUUACAAGCUUCUCGUCCAGCUCCACCUCCACCUUCACCUACUAGUACCACAUGUAGUCCGCGAAAAUCUUCAUUUACUAGUACUAAUGACAUUAAUUAUCACCUUCCAUACUCUUUUCCCGCAACAUUAUUUCACCGUACACUUAAUCCACGCAUCAAUAAUAAACAUCAAGAUGUGGCAAGGGCAAAAAUAAAAAGUGCUAUUGAGCGUGAGCUAAGGGAAGAAAAAUUGAGAGAUGCCGCUUGCAGAGGGGAUUGUGAUAAAAUUAUGAAUUUACUUGCAUUGAAACCGGUGCCUGAUAUAAAUCAAGCAGAUGACAAAGGCCGAACACCAUUGCAUUUUGCAUGUGCUGGUGGUCAUAUUGACGCGGUAAAAUUAUUGAUUGCACAUGGAGCAAAUGUAAAUGCUGAUGCUGAUGUUGUUGGGAAUAGACCAUUGCAUUUAGCUGUGAUUUCGAAUAAAUUAGAAUGUGUAGUUGCAUUAUUGGAAGCAGCGAUUGAAGAAAGAGAAGUGUUUCGUCAAGUUUUACAGAUUACAAAAAUACUGAGACAUUAUAUAUCACUUCAGAAUGAUUCUACUGUUGUUAUUGAUCAAGAGAAAAAUGAACAUGAAGAUAAUAUGAUGUCAGAAGAUCUUGAUAGCCAAGAUACUCAUAAUAAUUCGAAAACAUCAUCAAUAACACGUUGUCCUUAUUCAACUGUGGAAACUUUGGAUAGUUUGACCGAACAGUUAUCGCGAUUGGCAAUGACUAGCGAAGAGAAUAAUAGUAGUGAGGCAAAUAGAAAUAAUAUCAUAGAUUCUGAUUCUCAUUUUCAUAAUCAAUCGUUAACAACGACAACGACGACGAUGACUACAACUGCAAGAACUAAGACAAUGGAAAUACCGUCAAAAUUUUUAUCUGCACAAGAUGCGAAUGUAUUGAAUCAAGUUCAAAGUGUUUUGGAUACCUUGAUAAUACAGAAUAAGAUAUAA